AUGGCAGCUGACCCACCUCCUGUGGAGAGACUAUUAGGUGAUUACGGGGGAGCUAAUGCCCCGCCUGGAAGGAUGACAAUCGUGAAUCAACCAGUCAAUGUUGCCCACUUUCAACUUCAUCCCUCAACGAUACGGCAACUAGAAAGGAGACCUUUCUCAGGAAAAAUUAACGAAGAUGCCAACAAGCAUUUGCAAAGGUUUCUGACUAUGACUACGUCGUUAAAGAUUGAGGGGCAUUCUGAGGAAGCUAAGAAGCUGGUCAUGUUUCCGUUUACAUUGUCAGAAGAUGUUGAAGAGUGGUUCUACUCUUUACCUGCUGGAAGCAUCACAACUUGGCCACAGAUGGAGACAACUUUUCUCAACGAGUACUUUCCGGCCUCUGUGUACAUCCGAAAGAGGUACGACAUAAAUUUUGUAAAUGGUCUUCGGAUGAAGACUAAGCAACUCAUUGACACAGCAGCUGGUGGCUCAACCAACUUUACAACGGCCACUGGUAUUAAAAAGAUUAUCGAAGCCAUUGCAGCCAAUGAGCACCUGGAGUUGUAUGACCGCAGUGUUAGUCAACCCGAAGGGAUAAUUGACCUGAAAUUGGCAAGUCAAGUGGUGAAGAUGGAAGAUCAAGUAGCAGCUGAAGUAGAAAGAAGACUGAAGAAGAUGGCUAUCGAUACUCAAAUUGUGGCACAAGUUCAACCGGUUCAACCAACGCAAGCUAGUAAUUGUGAAAUUUGUGGAGGACCUCAUCUUACUGCACAUUGCGUUGCAACCGCACAACAAAUUGAGGAGAUUAAGUUUCUAAGGCAGAACAACCCUUAUUCAAAUACAUACAAUCCGGGUUGGAAAAACCAUCCAAAUUUCUCAUGGAAGGAUCAACAAGGACAUGUGCAGAACCAACCACAGCAACAACAAUUUCGACCUCCGCAACAACAACCAUAUCAACAACAGUUUCAGCAACAGGUACCAAGAAAAGCUGAUUGGGAGCUUGCCAUUGAAAAGAUGGCCGCUCAAAGCUCUCAAUUUCAAGAAGAGACUCGAAGUAAUUUAAAAAACACAGGUGCUUCAAUUAAGAAUCUUGAAAUACAGAUGAGUCAGAUAGCCCAACAACUAGCGGGUUCUCAACAACAAGGCGUGUUACCGAGUUCUACGAUUACUAAUCCAAGAGAAAAUAAUCAUGUGAAUGCGGUGACCACAAGGAAUGGUAAGUCGAAAGAAGUACCUGAAAAGAGUUCUGAAGAAGAAGACUUAUUGCUUGAAGUUGAUCUAGAGAUAAAAGAAAAUGAGGUCGCGAAUGAAGAGGUCAUUAGUGAUGAAAGAGUGGUCAAAGACAAAGUUAUUGAUCCAAAACCGGCCUUCAAACUACCAUACCCAACAAGAAAUAAGAAGAAAGGGCAGCAUGAGAAAAACUUUGAGAAGUUCCUGGAGAUGUUUAAAAAGCUUGAGCUAAACAUUCCGUUCUUGGAGGCGCUUGAGCAAAUGCCUACCUACGCUAAGUUCAUGAAAGACAUCAUCUCGAAGAAGCGGACCAUAGAGACUAACCCGAUCAUUCUAACGGAAACUUGUAGUGCCAUUUUGCAGGGUAUGAAGGUUCCGGUGAAGAAGAAGGAUCGAGGUUCUGUAACUAUUCCUUGUACCAUUGGAGAUAGAUCCUUCAAGAAAGCUCUAAUUGAUUUGGGAGCGAGUGUAAGCCUUAUGCCGCUAUCCAUUUAUAAGAGGUUGGGGAUAGGAAAAAUUCAAGACACAAGAAUGACACUCUAG